GUGAAUAGCGAAACCAUGACGGGCGAUGUUGAAAUGCAAAAAGCGCGCGCUAUUAAGUGCAGAAAAAACCGCCGUCAAAGACGGCGAAGCACGGGCAGUCACGAUCAGUCGUCGUCGGUCAGCGAGGAGGAGGUUGAUGGGACGAGACGCGGGAAACAACGCGAGAAACACGCGCGACGUUCACGCAUGUCGCGUUCUCUCUCGUUUGGAAGUAGCGCUGAUUCGCACGACGAUAUUGAACACGAUGGCCACCGUUGCGUGCGUUUUAAUCCCGUGCCCGAAAUUCACGUGUUUAGUAAUAGAGCCGAUAAGAGAAAAUGGAAGGAACUAAGGAAACAACAGUCGCUAAAUGGAAGCACAGAACUGGACGAUACACAGCCCAAGACAAGCACGGAAAAGAUUUGUAAACUCAAGUCCUCGUUAAAAGAUACUCGAUCUUCGACGUCUGACAAGGAAAGUCAAAGUGUUAGCUCCGAUGAUGGAAACACACUUCAUGAUAAUGAGGCCGUAAUAUCAAAUGGUUCUGAAGAUGCAGAUAAAGACAUUUUCAUUGUUGAUGGGAAUGAUUGUGACAAUCUCGAUGAUGAUGAUGAUGAUAAUUCGUUUGUUAAGCUUGAAAAGCCACAGUUAACUAAUCCGCUAAUAUUUGAUCUAGAUGAUUAA